UAUUUUGAAAAUAGCUGGCACUGGGUAGGCUACUUGGCAUGAACACAGUUUCCGCUUUCAUUUCUGUAGAAACGCAGAUUAGAAAUCAUAGAAAUACAGAAGCACAGCAGCCCAGCAGUGGUCUCAGUUAUGCGCAGACAUGUCUGGCUACUCUCGGAUCAUACAUCAUGCGACCAGCAUAUUAUGCAGCAAUAAAGGCUCUAUGGAGAUAUCUCAGCUGCACCGGAGGGUCUUCCAGCGCUUUGAGAUAACCGAAGCAGAUUUCUGGUACAUCGUUAAGAAGUGUGCCCGCUUCACAGUGGUCCAGAGCAGCCCUACAACAGAGGAUGGAGAGUCUGACUACAUUGUUGUCGCGAAAACAUCUCUGAGGCUAUGCAAGAAAUAUUCCAAGAAUGAAUGUUACGAGUGUCAGGAUUUACACCUGUGCAAGUAUUUUAUUUAUGGCAACUGCAGAUAUGGGAAAGGAAGGAAGGAGUGUAAAUUCUCCCAUAAUAUCCAGUCGCAACAUAACUAUCCCCUUCUGCGGGAGUGUACGCUUCAUGAACUGAACGAGGAUGAUCUCUUCCUGCUUCUGCUUCAGAACGAUCCUGCCCUACUGCCAGAGGUGUGUGCUCACUACAAUAAAGGCACGGGGCUUUUCGGGGCCUGUACCUUUAUGGAGCGCUGCACUAAGGUGCAUAUUUGUCAGCACUUUGUGCAAGACGACUGCCUGUUCGGCCCCAAGUGCAAACGGCAGCACAGCAUCGACGAGCACAGCCGCAGGAUGCUGGAGGAACGAGGUCUCGGUGGUGACAUAAUCCAUGACCUGCCCUACAUCUACCAGAACGUUUAUCGGCUGAACUCACAAACUCUAAGCAGUGAACUGAUAUCUGAUCAAGGCGUCAAACCGGUCGCUCAGAUGGAGAAGAAUGAAAUCUGUCUGCACUUUAUAAGACGGAAAUGCAAGUUUCAGGACCAGUGUGUUCUUGUCCACUUUAAUCUUCCGUAUAAGUGGGAGGUUUAUGAUGGGAAAAGCUGGAGGGAUUUAAGAAACAUGGAGGAAAUAGAGAAAGCUUACUGCGACCCAAAGAAUGAACACGGUCCAGGCUCGAGACCGGUGGAUUUUGUGUCCAUGACCAGGAACUGUGACCCUGUGCGUCGACUUUCAACAGUCUCUUCCAUCUCUAAACCCGCCCACUACAUCCUGACAACAGAGUGGAUGUGGUACUACAAAGGAGAUCAUGAGAACUGGAUAGAGUAUGGUCAACCGGAUGACAAGGAACGUGUAACAUCUGUAACGUCCCGAGACCUGGAGAAAGCUUUUCAGGAGAACAGCAAUGCAGAAGUUACUGUUAUUAAGGGCAAUAGGCAUUACUAUGUCAGUUUCCAAGAUAUGUAUCAAAGGAACCCCAAACACAACACAAAGAGAAGGGUGCGCAGACGGCCACGCUUUGUGUCUAUCAAUGAGGUGGAAACUAAAGCUUCCCAGUGACAGACCAAACACACAAACACACUCUAUGUUUGCAUACAUGAGGAUAGACAUUCAAAUUAUGAGUUACUGCUUCUGUUUCUUGUUAUUUGGACACACUCACAUGCUCUUAAAGGGAUAGUUCACCCAAAAAUGAAAAUUCUGUC